UGACGUAGGCGCGACGCCAAAUUGCCGCGAAAUGUCAAAACGCGCGUGAAACAGUCAAGCGGUUCUCUUUAGUCUUUAUAUGGAUGUUGAUACAAAGUGGCUGUGAUUUAGUGAAUGUGCAGUAGCUUUAAACAGCAAAAGGCCCUUGUUGUUUGCUUGCUAGCCGGUUUGAGGUCAUUUUGUUAAACGAACAUGAUAAAAGGUGAGUUUAAAGGCGGUGACGAGGAGCUUGUGGUCCUUCCAGAGAAGCUGGAGAAGAAACUGAUGCCGUUUCAGCGCCAUGGAGUCAAAUUCGCUCUUUCUAAAGCUGGAAGGUGUUUGAUUGCCGAUGAGAUGGGGCUUGGAAAGACUGUGCAGGCCAUUUCGGUGGCGUACAUCUACAGACACGAGUGGCCUCUCCUGAUCGUGGUGCCGUCGUCACUGAAGUACCCGUGGAUCGAGGAGCUGGAGCGCUGGCUUCCCGAACUCCAUCCCGGCGACAUCAACCUGGUGGAGAGCAAAGCUGAUAUCAUGGGGAUCAGCCAGAGCAAGGUGACAGUUCUGGGCUAUGGGUUGCUCACCAACGACGCACAGUCCCUGGUGGAGACGCUGAAAAAGCAGCGCUUCGGUGUGGUCAUAGUGGAUGAGUCGCAUUACCUGAAAUCCCGGAAUGCAGCGAGGACAAAGAUCCUGGUCCCCCUGAUCCAAAACGCCAAACGCGCAAUCCUGCUGACAGGAACUCCGGCGCUAGGCAGACCAGAAGAGCUCUUCAUGCAGAUCGAAGCUCUGUAUCCGAGGCGUUUCGGCACGUGGAGCGAGUACGCCAAGACAUACUGCAACGCUCACUACAGAUUCUUCGGGAGCAGGCGUCAGUGGGAUUGCCGUGGAGCGUCUCAUCUGGACGAGCUGCACCAGAGGCUCAGCGAGAUCAUGAUCCGCAGACUUAAAGCCGAAGUGCUCACACAGCUGCCGGCCAAAAUCCGUCAGAGAAUCCCUUUUGACCUGCCAAAAGAGGCGGCCAAGGAAGCCAGCUCCAGUCUGGAGAAGUGGGAGAGCGUAAUGUGCUCUCUGAGCUCUGGCCAGUCGCAGAACGAGAACCCGUUUACAGAAGUGAUGGGUCUCAUCACGCAGAUGUACAAGCAGACUGCAAUAGCUAAGGCAGGAGCUGUGAAGGACUACAUAAAGAUGAUGCUGGAGACAGAGCAGCUGAAGUUUCUGGUUUUUGCACAUCACCUCAGCAUGCUGCAGGCGUGUACCGAGGCUGUGAUUGAGGCCAAGGCCAGUUAUAUCAGGAUCGAUGGCAGCGUUCCUUCCGCAGAGAGGAUCCAGCUGGUCCACCGCUUCCAGAACAAUCCAGAGACACGGGUUGCUAUUCUGAGCAUACAGGCGGCGGGACAGGGUCUGACCUUGACGGCGGCGUCUCACGUGGUGUUUGCCGAGCUCUAUUGGAACCCCGGGCACGUGAAGCAGGCAGAGGACCGAGCGCACCGCAUCGGCCAAACCUCGUCCGUACACGUUCACUACCUCAUCGCCAAGGGAACGUUUGAUGUGGUCAUGUGGGCCAUGCUGAACCGGAAGGAAACAGUGACGGGCAGCACUCUGAACGGGAGGAAGGAUUACCUGAAAGCGGACGAGGCGGAUAAGGAGAAAUGGGAUUUUCUGAACUUCGCUCAGGCUUGGACACCGAGCGACAGCAUCACCGGUGAUGCAGAGGAUGAGAAAGAUGGGGUCUUCUUCUCACAUUUUGAGAAAGACAAACAGCACGACAUCCGCAACUUUUUCUCUCCCGUCUCGGAGAAAAAGAGGAAGAGAACAGACGACUCGUCCAUCACCGGCUCUCCUCAAACACCUUCACAAGACCAGCAGGGAACCAAUCAAAGCCCCUGUAGCCGCAGCCCUGAUUUAGCCAAUGAGGAUGUGGAUUUCUGUCCCCAGGUGAAACGUGUGAAACAGGCUACUCCAUUGUCUCGCCACGGGGGGAAGAGAAGUCCCAUGACGCCUCUCGGUGCACCACACAGGCUCUCGGCAGGACUGCAAACCCCCCGCCACAGCCAGAAGUGGAGCUGCCCACUCUGUACAUUCUCCAACAGCGGCCUGCUGCUGCGCUGCGAAAUGUGUGAGACACCGCGAGCUCAGAGAGCUCACAGCCCUCCUGCAUCUCCCUCCCCUUCUGCCUCUCGCUCCGUCUCCAGUCCCUGCAUCACGCUUUCAGACACAGAAGAAGACAACAGCACCCCCAAAAGACCGCAAACUCCCGUCAGCACGCAGAGCCGAACCGAACGCAUGUCAGAACCAGUCGGUCCUUCUGAUGCUAAUGACAGCCGUGAGCCAGAGCCGGGAGACGACUCUCUGCCUGUGUAUGACAGCCUGAAGUUCUGUGCCAGCAAAAAUACUGAUAGGAUCUACAUUUACAACAAGGAUGGUCUCCCACUCAACUGCAACUUUGUUCCUCUGGAUAUCAGACUACAGAACUGGGAGGACUUGCCUCCGGAGUUUAGUCACAGUGAGAACCGGAGACACUUGGUGCGGUUUGUGCGUGAAUGGAGCUCUCUGACGGCGAUGAAGCAAAGGAUAGUGAGGAAGAGUGGCAAAGUCUUUCAAAGCCCGAUUCUGCUUGUGGAUGAGCUCACACAAGCACAGCGUCGACACAGUAGCACCAAGAGGUAUCUUUCUAAGCAGGAAGUGACUCAGGCGUCCCUGAGUGCAGCUCAGAGACAGGGAGGAACUGUACGCUCCAUCAGCAAGGACAACUCUUCCUCCUUAAAGAGAUCUACGAUGAAACCACCUAGUCAAGCUGAUAAGGAAUCUGAAGCGGAGACGGGAUAUUUGCAAGCUCUGGACUCUGGAGGAACGCCACUGUGUUUGUCUUGCCAGAAGCCCAGUGUAGAUCACUCAGGCUGGGCAGGCGGAUUCUGCAGUGCCAGCUGCAUGGAGGAGCUUCAGCUGCGCUCCAGCCGAGGCUAUGCCCGCUCCCGUGUGCUCGAGACAGAGCAAGGUGUCUGUCAGAGCUGUGGCCUUAACGCGCGCCAGCUUUACCUGCGUGUCCGUGACGCACCACACACACACCGCAAAGAGAUACUGGACAACACAUGGCUGUCACAGUUGCCUCUCAAACAGCUGAACGAAAUGAUCCGUCACCCAGUAGAGGGCCACUUCUGGCAGGUGGACCACAUCAAGCCGGUGUACAGUGGAGGAGGACAGUGCCUUCUGGACAACCUGCAGACUCUCUGCACCGUCUGCCACCGCAUGAGGACGACACAGCAGGCCAGAGAGCGGAGCCAGAUGAAGAAAGGUGAAGCAGCGUCCAAACUGUCCUCAGACAUCAGCAGAUUCUUUAUGAAGAAAUAAGACUGAACUACCACCACCACGUUUCACUCACAUAGGAGGAGGGGGGGGGGGAUUCGUCUCACACACACACAAACAGGUUCUCAGUUUGGUCGAUUAAACACUGAUAUAGACUUGAAGUAUCUAGACUUUGUGUCUACAGCAAGGAUUUUUGUUUUGUUUGUGUUUUUGUUUUUUUAAUUAAUUUCGAAAGUACUACAAAAGUAAGACAGGAAAAGAAGAGGAGAAGAAAAAGAAAGUGCGAAAGAUUUAAGAAGUGACUGCUGGUUUCCACAAUGGCCGUGGAGCUCUCAGUGCAGCACUGCUGAGUCGGUUCUACCGCAUGAUAACGCUUAAGUUUCGAGCACAGAGAGCAGGGAGUCCAAGCGUUAGCAGUGUUUGCUGCUAUUUUUAACCGGCGCAGGCUCUCCGAGCAUAAAAGCACCCUGCCGCAUGACUCUUAACAGUUUUUUUUUCUGCUUACUCUCAGCUGCAGCUGUAGAGGAAACAUUUGAAUGAUUUGUUUCUGCAUGUAUUGUACACGCGUCUUAAAACAAGAAUGCAGCCUGAAUGCGAUUAAAAAAAGACCUGCCACUUCUCAA